UGGAAGGAAGCUUCUCAGAGGUGGAAGGAGCUCCGUCAGAGGAAGGUCAGAGGGUGCAGGCCCAGGAGCGUGCCCAAGAUGCCCCAUCAAGUGCAGCAGAUGUAGAGGAGACAACUGGGGAAUUCCAGGGGUUCUCUUUGGAAAUAGUCAAGAAUGAAGAUGCUGAAGAAAACUCUGGAGAUGGACCACAGAGGCAGGAGGAAAGCCACGCAGCAGGAGGUGAUCAGAGGAAUGAGGAGGAUGAGGAACUGCAUCAUGUAUCACCAGAGGAUGUCAAGAAUGAAGAUGUGAGAAGAAACAUCAGGAUACAAAGCAAGUCUCAGAGGCAGAAAGUCAGGCGGAGAGUGAAGAAGGGGGAUAAAUCUGUUCCUUGCCAGGGGGGGAAUUUCCAGGAAGUAAUUCACAUGUUGGAGGAAACCUACAAGUGCUUGGAGUGUGGAAUGAACUUCUCAGAUCAAACCCAAUAUAAUGUCCAUUUGGGAAUGCACAUUGGAAAGAAGAACCAUCAGUGCCUGGAAUACGGAAAGGAAAUGAUUCAUAGAGCAGAGUUCCUUAGACAUCUUAGGGCACAUACAGGAGACAAACCUUAUACCUGCACAGAUUGUGGCAAGAGUUUCUCACAGAAAUCAGACCUUUUUCAACAUCACAGAAUUCAUUCAGGAGAGAAGCCCUUUAUCUAUUUCAAGAAUGGAAUUAUGUUUUUUGCUGGAAAAAAGUGCAAAAUGCAAAUUCCAAAGCACAGCAUAAUGAAGACAUGUAAAUGCUUUCAGUGUGGAAAAUACUUCAGAUACAAAUCAAAGCUUCUUUUGCACCAAAGGAUCCACAUAGGGGAGCAACUAUUUGAAUGCACAGAGUGUGGAAAGAGAUUCCAUCAGAGUUCCCUUAAAAAACAUCAAAGGACUCACGCAGGAAAGAAGCCCUUUGAAUGCUCAGAGUGUGGGAAGAGAUUCAGUCAGAGUGGCCAUCUUCAGUGUCAUUUUAGAACUCACACAGGGGAGAAGCCUUUUGAAUGCUCAGAGUGUGGGAAGAGAUUCAGUCAGAAUAGCGAUCUUCAAAAGCAUCAAAGAACCCACACGGGGGAGAAGCCUUUUGAAUGCUCAGAGUGUGGGAUGAGAUUCAGCCGCAGUGGCCAUCUUCAGCGUCAUUUUAGAACCCACACAGGGGAGAAGCCUUUUGAAUGCUCAGAGUGUGGGAAGAAAUUCAGUCAUAGUAGCAGUCUUCAAAGUCAUCAAAGAACCCACACCGGAGAGAUGCCUUUUGAAUGCUCAGAAUGUGGGAAGAGAUUCAGUCUGAGUAGCAGUCUUCAAAAACAUCUAGGAACCCACACAGGAGAGAAGCCUUUUGAAUGCUCACAGUGUGGGAAGAGAUUCAGUCUGAGUAGCAAUCUUCAAAUUCAUCUAAGAAUCCACACAGGGGAGAAGCCUUUUGAAUGCUCAGAGUGUGGGAAGAGAUUCAGACAAAGUAGCGCUCUUCAAAGUCAUCUAAGAAUCCACACAGGAGAGAAGCUUUUCGAAUGCUCAGAGUGUGGGAAGAGAUUCAGCCGCAGUGGCCAUCUUCAAAAUCAUCUAAGAACCCACACAGGAGAGAAGCCUUUUGAAUGUUCAGAGUGUGGGAAGAGAUUCACUCACAGUAGUAAUCUUCUAAAACAUCAAAGAACCCACACAGGGGAGAAGCCUUAUGAAUGCUCAGUGUGUGGGAGGACAUUCAGCCAAAGUGGCCAUUUUCAAAGUCAUCUAAGAACCCACACAGGAGAGAAGCCUUUUGAAUGCUCAGCGUGUGGGAAGAGAUUCAGUCACAGUAGCAAUCUUUUAAAACAUCAAAGAACACACACAGGGGAGAAGCCUUAUGAAUGCUCAGAGUGUGGGAGGCGAUUCAGCCAAAGUGGCCAUCUUCAAAGUCAUCGAAGAACCCACACAAAGGAGAAGCCUUUUAACUGCUCAGUGUGGAAAGAUAUUCAGCCACAGUGGCCAUCUUAAAAGUCAUCUAAGAACCCAUCCAGGGGAAAAGCCUUUUGAAAUCUCAGAAUGUGGGAAGAGAUUCAGCCAGCGUAGCACUCUUCAAAAGCAUUAACUCACACAUUGGAGAAGCCUUUUCAGUGCUCAGCGUGUAGGAAGAGAUUUAGCCACAGUGAUCUUCAGCGUCAUUUACACAGGGGAGAAACCUUUUGAAUGCUCAGAGUGUGGGAAGAGAUUCAGAGUGGCGCUCUUCAAAGUCAUCUAAGAACUCAUACAGGGGAGAAGCUUUUUGAGUUUUAUAAAAUUUUAUUAAAUGUUCUGUUACAGGGAGGGGAAGAGGAAACCUAAAAGAGAUUGGGGGAGAGAGCACGUAUCUUUUCCAUUUCCAUUUUCCUUUCAGUUUAUCAAUUAACAUUUACUAUCGUAGAUAUAAUAAAAGCUGAACGUGUUGGCUCGA